CCGCGCUCCAUCUGCGCAUGUGCAUCCCCGCCUUCUCCAGCUGGCUCGUCCUUCCCAGGCCUCCAUCCCCUCGUGGGAGACAAUCGCUGGACUCCAGAUCAACGCGACGUGAGAGCUGGGGGUUUCUUGGAUUAUCUGACCUCAGAGGAUUAGUGGUAUGAACAGCUCCAAGAAGAGCAGAAAAUGAACAAAUCUUCGUUCUGAGUACUUCAUAUAGAAAAGGAAUAUGCUGUUACAGGAACAAGUGUCGUUCAAGGAUGUAUGUGUGGACUUCACCCAGGAAGAGUGGUAUCUACUGGACCCUGCCCAGAAGAUACUGUACAGAGAUGUGAUCCUGGAAAAUUACAGCCACAUUGUCUCAGUAGGGUAUUGUGUGACUAAGCCAGAGGUGAUCUUCAAGAUAGAGCAAGGAGAAGAGCCCUGGAUAUUAGAGGAGGGAUUCUCAAGCCUGCGCCACCCAGAGGACUGGAAAGUUGAUGACCUGAUAGAGAGAAGCCAGGAAAAUCAAGAUGAACACUUCUGGCAAUUUGUAGUCACCAACAACAAAACUUUAAGUAAACAGAGUGGUAAUAGAACAGUGAAAACUUUCAACCUGGGUAUAGACCCUGUUCCUUCAAGAAAUAAUCCCUGUAGAAUAUGUGACUCAUGUGAAAUGAGUUUGAAAAAUAUUUCAGACUUAAUUAUUAGUAAAAGGAACUCUUCAGGAAAGAAGCUUGAUGAGUUUAAUGUAUGUGAGAAAUUGCUCAUUGAUACCAGGCAUGAGAAAAUUCCUCCUGGAGAGAAAUCUUACAACCAAAAGAGGAAUGUCCUCAAUCAUAGCAAAGAUCUCACUCAGACAAUUUUUGACCAACCUUUUGAAUAUAAUGAAAAUGAGAGAGACUUCCAUGAGGAGGCAGUCUUUACAAAUAAAGCUCAUAUAGGAGAGACACUCUGUAAAUAUAAUGAAUGUGAAAGAGCCUUCAUCCAAAGUGUAAAGUUCAAUAUGUCUCAGAGAACUCAUUUGGAAAUGGAGCCAUAUGAAUGCAGUAUUUGUGGGAAGCCCUUUUAUCUGGAUUUAAGAUUGGGCCAUCAGAGAGCUCUUACAGAGGUGAUUCCUUAUACAUAUAAUGAGUAUGGGGAAAUCUUGUGUGACAACUCAACUUUCAUUAUUCAUCAGGGAGCUUACAGAAGAAAGAUUCACCGUGAAUAUGAAGUAAGUGACAAAACUUGGGAGAAACCAAUCCUGUUUAAACAUCAGAUAGUACAAAUGGAGGAAAAAUCCUAUGAAUACAAUGAAAAUGGGAAUAAUUUCAGCAAAAAAUCACAUCUCACCCAACUUCGGAGAGCUCACUCAGGAGAAAAAACCUUCGAAUGUGGUGAAUGUGGGAAAACAUUUUGGGAGAAGUCAAAUCUCACUCAACACCAGAGAACACACACAGGAGAGAAACCCUAUGAAUGUAUUGAAUGUGGGAAAUCAUUUUGCCAGAAACCACACCUUACCAACCAUCAGCGAACGCAUACAGGGGAAAAACCCUAUGAAUGUAAGCAAUGUGGAAAAACGUUCUGUGUGAAGUCAAACCUCACGGAACAUCAAAGAACACAUACAGGGGAGAAACCCUAUGAGUGUAAUGUGUGUGGGAAAUCCUUCUGCCACAGGUCAGCUCUAACUGUACACCAGAGAACGCACACAGGAGAGAAACCCUUUAUAUGUAAUGAAUGUGGGAAAUCUUUCUGUGUGAAGUCAAACCUCAUUGUACAUCAAAGAACUCACACAGGGGAGAAACCCUAUAAAUGUAAUGAGUGUGGGAAAACCUUCUGUGAAAAAUCAGCUCUCACUAAACAUCAAAGAACCCACACAGGGGAGAAACCCUAUGAGUGUAAGGAAUGUGGGAAAACUUUUAGCCAGAGAUCAGUACUCACUAAACAUCAGAGAAUUCACACAAGGAUAAAAGCCAUCUCUGCAUCCUGAAUGUUCAAAAGCCUUCAUCCACCUGUCGAAUUUAUUUUACAGUUUAAAAAAUAACAUUAGAGAAACCCAAAGAAUGCCACAGAUUACUAAGAAAUGACAUAUCAUUGUAUUUCAGAUAAUUAAUACUAGAUUAAAACCAAAGCUUUCAAGAAAAAACUUCAGAAAAUUUUGUACUGAGGGAAAUCUGUUCAUCUAAGUAAUGUGGUAAAAAAUCUUUAUCUAGAAUUUGUUUGUAGUGUCAUAUUCCAGAUGUGAUACCAAAAUUUUAUUGUAAAUAUAAUAUCUAUUUAUACCCAUAU